AUGGAAUCUCAACAAUCUCAUAAUCAACUUCAUGUCAUUUUCCUUCCAUAUCCAACUCCUGGCCAUAUGAAUCCCAUGAUUGACACUGCAAGGCUAUUUGCCAAACAUGGGGUUGAUGUUACCAUCAUCACCACACAUGCCAAUGCUUCAACAUUCCAAAAAACCAUUGACACUGACUUCAAUUCAGGAUACUCCAUCAAAACUCUGCUUAUUCAGUUCCCUUCAGCUCAAGUUGGCCUGCCUCAUGGUGUUGAAAACACCAAAGAAGCCACUUCCCUUGAAAUGUUUGGUAAAAUCGUCCAUGGAGUAUCGAUGCUCCAAGAUCCAAUUGAGGUACUGUUUCAUGAUCUUCAACCAGAUUGUUUAGUCACUGAUAUGUUGCAUGAUUGGACUGUGGAAGCAGCUGCAAAACUAGGUGUUCCAAGGAUUUACUAUUACAGCUCAAGCUAUUUCUCAAACUGUGCCACUCAUUUUGUCAUGAAGUAUAGACCUCAUGAUAAUUUAGUUUCUGAUACACAAACAUUUACAAUUCCAGGUUUGUCUCAUACCAUUAAUAUGACUCGUCUGCAGCUUAGUGAUUUUUUAAGGGAAAAGAAUGCUACCACAGCCUAUUUUGAAUCAAUUUUAGAAUCAGAGAAAAAAAGUUAUGGAACACUAUACAAUAGUUUUCAUGAACUUGAAAGUGAUUAUGAGAAACUUUAUAAAACUACAAUAGGAAUCAAGUCUUGGAGUGUGGGACCAGUUUCUACAUGGAUUAACAAAGAUGGUCAAAAUAAAGCCAAUAGAGGAGACAUUGGAAAAGAGGGAAAAUUGUUAAAUUGGCUUAAUACUAAGUCUAACGAGUCUGUUUUAUAUGUAAGUUUUGGAAGCCUUACUAGGCUUUCUCAUGAACAGCUUGUGGAAAUAGCUUAUGGACUUGAAAAUUCAGGUCAUGAUUUCAUCUGGGUUGUGAGGAAAAAAGAUGGAGAUGAGGACAAAGAUGGGUUUCUUCAAGAUUUUGAGGAAAGGAUGAAAGAAAGCAAAAAGGGGUAUAUCAUAUGGAACUGGGCACCACAGCUUUUGAUAUUAGGCCACCCAGCAACAGGAGGGAUAGUGACUCAUUGUGGUUGGAACUCAACUCUAGAAAGUUUGAGUAUUGGUUUUGUAAGUGCCUUCGUUUAG